AUGUUUGGGCCCUACGAGCUCCAGCAGACACUGGGAGAGGGUGAAUUUGGAAAGGUCAAGCUCGGAAGACACAUCGAGACGGACGAAGAGGUUGCCAUCAAGUUGAUUCGGCGUCAGGCGGUCGACAACACUCCACGGAUAAAUAAGAUCGGCAGAGAAAUCGCGGUCUUGCGGACAAUUCGGCACCCAAACAUCAUCACUCUGUUUGACGUUAUCGAGACGGAGCGGUACAUUGGCAUCGUGAUCGAAUAUGCAUCAGGCGGAGAACUAUUUGACCACAUCCUCGCACAUCGAUGCUUGAGGGAACGGGAAGCAUGUCGACUAUUCGCUCAGCUGAUGAGCGGUGUGCAUUACCUGCACUCGAAGCACAUUGUUCAUCGCGAUCUAAAGCUGGAGAACUUGCUCCUGGACAGGAACAGGAACAUCAUCAUUACCGACUUUGGCUUCGCCAACCAGUUCGACAGCACCUCAAGAGAUCUGAUGUCGACCUCGUGUGGAUCGCCUUGCUAUGCUGCGCCUGAAUUGGUCAUCAGCGAUGGCCUCUACGUCGGAACUGGUGUUGAUAUCUGGAGCUGCGGCGUCAUCCUGUACGCGAUGCUAGCAGGAUACUUGCCAUUUGAUGAUGAUCCAGCCAAUCCUGACGGCGAGAACAUCAAUCAAUUGUACAAUUACAUCCUUGCCACAACGCUUGUCUUCCCCGAUCACAUCUCAGUCGAUGCCCGAAAUUUGCUGAAGUUGAUGCUCGUACCGGAUCCAACCAAGCGCUGCAACAUGAGGCGCAUUAUGGCCCAUCGAUGGCUUCGCCCUUACGCUCCAAUGUUCCAGUACACGAUCGAAGACCUCGAGGCAUGCACAGGCUGUGGCGAGGUUGAAUGGUACGAUAUGGGUUCCACCAACACGAACCGUAGCUGCAGAUCCCCUCCACCCCCCUUCGCCAUCAGAGACCUCACAAACUCGACCUGGCCCACCACUUGCUUCUGCAGAUGA